UGGUGUACCGUCUCACGUACGCAAUUCUCGGCUGAAGUCGCGCAGUUUUCUGCACCCGUGUCUUAUAACAGAAAACAAUCAUGGCCCCUCCAUCAUAUAAUGACUUGGGCAAAAGUGCACGAGAUGUAUUUGGCCAGGGAUAUCACUUUGGCAUGAUCAAAUUAGAUGUUAAAACAAAAACUAGUUCUGCUGUAGAAUUCUCCAGUGGUGGGGUGUCCAAUCAAGAUACUGGAAAGGUAUUCGGUACAUUGGAGACUAAAUACAAAAUUAAAGAUUACGGACUUACAUUUAGCGAGAAGUGGAAUACCGAUAACACACUUGCUACCGAUGUUACUCUUGCGGAUAAAUUGCUCAGUGGUCUUACUCUUGGUUACAGUUGCACUUUCUCACCUCAAACAGGGACCAAGACUGGAAAAUUGAAAACAAAUUACAAACAUGAAAAUGUAUCUGCAAAUGCAGAUUUUGAUCUCAGCCUUUCUGCUGGUCCUCUAAUUAAUGCAUCAGCAGUUGUAGGAUACCAAGGAUGGUUGGCUGGUUAUCAGGCCUGUUUUGAUACACAAAGAAAUAAACUUACAAAGAAUAACUUUGCACUUGGAUUCACUGCUUCUGACUUUGCUCUUCACACAGCAGUAGAUAAUGGCCGUGAGUUCAGUGGCUCCAUUUACCAUAAGGUAAAACCAGAUCUGGAAGGAGCAAUCAAUCUUGCUUGGAAUUCAAGCAACAAUGUUACACAAUUUGGAAUUGGUACAAAGUAUAAUCUUGACAAAGAUGCUAGUGUCAAAGCUAAGGUCAAUUCUCAUCUUCAAAUAGGUCUAGGAUAUCAACAAAAAUUACGCGAUGGUGUAACACUGACACUUUCUACAAAUAUUGAUGGAAAGAACUUCGGUUCUGGUGGUCACAAGAUUGGUUUCGCAUUAGACCUUGAAGCUUAAAUAUGAACUACAGACACAAAAGGACU